UUUAUUUCAGCCCUGAAGAAGUGAAUAAUCAUUCACGAAAACGUUAGGCCGUACAAUUGAUACGCAUUGAGUUUUGGUUUGCAGAUUUCCCCAAUAUUCAAAACUUUACUGUUUAACUUAUCUGCAAAGAUUAAUCUUUCUUUAUUUUAUAGGAACAUGGGGUUUUACAACACAAUAAGGGUAGAGUAUGGUGAACAAUCGGUGAGGUUUCUCAAGGAUUACCAAAGAACCAAUUUAAAACUGGCCAAGGAAAGGAAUCGGAGACUUUUCUUGCUUUCAUGUAGAAGUAAAGGUAUCACACCUAAUCAUAUUUGUCAUGCCACUACAUCUGUUCAUAAUUACAUACACAGAAAUGAAUUUUGGCAACUGGAAGGAUGUCAACAAUUGAUCAGGAACAUGGGGUUUUACAACACAAUAAGGGUAGAGUAUGGUGAACAAUCGGUGAGGUUUCUCAAGGAUUACCAAAGAACCAAUUUAAAACUGGCCAAGGAAAGGAAUCGGAGACUUUUCUUGCUUUCAUGUAGAAGUAAAGGUAUCACACCUAAUCAUAUUUGUCAUGCCACUACAUCUGUUCAUAAUUACAUACACAGAAAUGAAUUUUGGCAACUGGAAGGAUGUCAACAAUUGAUCAGGUUAGACAGUAAACUUUUAAAUGUUGAGAUUGCAACCAAUCACAAAAAUCUUAAAAAACUAGAGAAUUCAUUAUCUUUAUUGAAAAAUAAUAUCAUUCAAUCUACUUCUGAAAAUAUUUGGUUACAAUUCUCACAUACACAAUCUAUUAAUUAUAAGAAAUUAUUUUUUUCUAUUAAAUCUGACAACUUAAAGAAAAUUGACACACUUUACCAGUCUUGUUGUAAAACUUUUCUAAAAACAGAUCCUAAAUGGAUUAAGAAUUUAUCUACUUCAAUUAUUCCAAACGAUAUUUUGGGUUUUCUAGCAUUGGGAAACAAAUUUAGUAUUGAACCUAAAUUAGGAAAAGAUCUUCAAAUCAAAUCUCUCCUUGCUGACUUGGAACAGAUCAUUAGUUCAUUACCAUCUGAAUUAGAACAAAACUCAGUUCGUGCUAGAUCUACGAACAUCAUUACCAACCAUAUUCUGAACACUUCCAGAUCAUCUUAUACCUUUUUCAACAACUUAUAUUUUAAAACCAGGCAAUUCCUAAAAUCUAAUCCUGACCUGGUGGUUACCAAAGCAGACAAAGGAAACGUCACUGUCAUUCUAGACAAAACACAGUAUCUAGAGCUCUGUUCUUCUCUUAUUGAUAAUGAUGGAUCAUAUAAACCUAUUUCUUCUGAUCCCACUCCCACGUUACAAAGAAAAUGUAAUGCACUGAUUUCAUCCCUAGCUGUUUCUAAACAAAUCGAUAACAACACAAAAAAGAAACUUACCACUUAUAAUGGCACAAUUGCAAAAUUUUAUGCAUUGCCCAAAAUCCACAAACCGAUUCUAUCAGUGCGUCCAAUAGUAGCUUCAAUUGGAACCCCUACUGAAUACAUCUCUGCCUUUGUCACAGACAUUCUUACUAAAGCGUACGAUUAUGAAAAUAGGUAUUAUGUAAAAGAUUCUUUUCAAAUGGUGGAAAAAUUUAAUGGUUACAAAUUACCAGAUAACUAUGUUCUCGUCAGCCUGGAUGUCGUAUCCUUAUUUAGUAAUGUUUACUUAAGAAUAAGCUUAAUGGUCAUAGAAGCUAAUUGGGACCGUAUUGGAGGUUGUUGUUCCAUUUCUUUUGACAACUUUAUCAACAUCGUCGAAUUUUUGUUUACUAACACUUAUUUCUCAUUUAACAACAAAUUCUAUCAACAAACUUUCGGUACUCCUAUGGGAGCAAAGAUCUCUCCUAUUAUUGCUGCUUAUGUUAUGGAUUAUGUGUUAGACACUGUCAUUCCUGUCUUAUCCUUCAACAUUCCCUUCAUCAAAAAAUAUGUUGAUGACAUAAUCUUGGCUGUGCCAUCUGAUAAAACUGAUGAAUUAUUAAACACCUUCAACAGUUUCAUCCCAAAUAUCCAAUUUACUAUAGAGAAAGAGGAUACUAACUUUUCAGUACCCUUUCUAGACAUCAGAAUGAUAAGGGAUGCAAACAAUAUAAUUAAAAUUGAUUGGUAUCAGAAACCUACUCAUUCGGGCAGGUAUUUAAACUACCAUUCAUAUCACAAACAUUCCACCAAAGUUAAUUUAGUAAAACAGAUGAAAAGCAGAGUCAUCAAAUUAUCAGAUCCUUCCUUCCAUAACAAAAACCUGCAAAUACUAACUAAAUUGUUCAUCUCAAAUUCUUAUCCAACCACACUAAUAAAUAAGAUCUUGUUUAACACAGUCCAUAAUGAAGACUUAACACCUUCCCCCGCGACUAACAAUGUUGACCUUGAUGGCUUAGGCAAUGACAGGGUCUCUAAUACUCCAACUUUAAAUAGAUAUUUUUCAAUACCUUAUAUCAAAGAUAUUACUCCGGGGUUGACUAGGAUAUUUAAUAAUUUAGAAAGUAACAAUAACAACAAUGAUAAUCAUUUUAAAAUCAAUGUGGCUUUCAGAUCAGCUUUAACAAUUAACAACCUUUUUUCAAAAGUUAAGGAUAAAACAGAAAUAGGUAAGCUUAGUAAUAUUGUCUACAAAGUUCCCUGUUCUUCUUGUAACAAAUCGUACAUUGGUCAAACUUCUCAACUUCUUAAAUUUAGGAUCACUUUACACAAAAGUGAUUCACGUCUUCAGCCCGACCGUUGUGCAUUGGCUAAACACGUCCAUACCACAGGUCAUUCCAUGGAUUUUGAAAACACCCUCGUUCUUCAUCAAGAGAACAAUAAAUUUAAAAGGGAAUUUAUUGAAAUGUCCUAUAUCUUCCUUAAUGAUUCCUCUAUUAAUGUUAAAGGUGACUUCAAAAAUCUGAGUGAUAUUUAUCAUCUUUUACUCAGAUCAGAUACCAGCCAUAGAUCGAAUUUGCAUGACUCCAACUUGACUGAUAAUACGUAAUUGUCAAUAUUAAUAGUUCUUAGAAUAAAAAGUAAUUUUUGUUUGCCAAUAAUCAACAAUAAUUUUAAAAAAUUUAAAAAAAAAAAAAAACCUUUAAAUAAAUAGAAUAUGUAAUUAUGUAACAUGACACUUAUGUUGCGGUACAUCCUCUUGUAAUAUUUAGAUAAAUAAACCUUAAUAUUUUUGUUUAAUAAUACCUUUUGUCCGUACCGAUUGGGUGUUUGGUACUUCUAUGCGUAGGUCAAAUGAACCUACAUGUCUAUUCAUGAGCAUGCGCUCAAUAUAGUUAACACCGAACGGGAAAGUUCAAAAAAAGAAGGACAUAUUUAAACAUUCAUUGUUCUCAUCUACAUGUAAAGUUACUUCCAACAUAAAAUGUAGUUAUAUGCUAGUGUAAUUGGUUCCUUGAGUAAAUAAUUCAUUGAUUGUAACCAUAUAGCCAUAGUUUUCCAAGUUGAAGUGUUGUGUUUUCUUUUUACUUCAAACAAAAAGAGAUAUGUUUUUAUACAUAUCGUCUUUUUUAUUACUUAACACCGUAACUCUACAAUUCUACGUAUUGGUAAUGAAAACUAACAUUUUGCAUGGAAUAUAUAUGGCUAAUUAAC